AUGACCAAGGAAGCUCAUCUGGCUCCUCAGCAAGCACAUCAAAAGGAGUGUUUCUUCACCCGUUUCCUAAUGGCUCUUACCUUUGACAUCCUCUUAGCAAUUGAGUGUCCAGAGCAAACUGGUUUUCAUUUACUCCGCUUUACAAAACUCUACGUCUCUUUGGGUGCAUUUGUAUUUACACUUUCCUCAGAUGACUUCCUGAAGAGCUCUUCUGUUGAGGUGGAUGCCUGCAGCAAAAGCACUACAUCAUCUGAGGGUGCCGCCCAUACCCUGCUUAUCCACGGCCCCGUCGAGCUCAAGAGCGGCUGGAGGAGGCAGAAGCGGCACCUCUUCUUAUUCAGCGAUUUCUUGCUGGUGUCCAAUACCAAGUAUAAGAAAAAACUUAAGAUAAAAAAGAAAAUACCACUGAACACCAUGUGGACUGCCAACUGUAUGGACAGAGUGGAGGAUGCCAACAUCUGUGCUGGGAGGUCCUUUAUCCUGGGCUGGCCCACGGUGACCUUUGUGGCCACCUUCGGUUCUUCGGAACAAAAGGAAAAAUGGCAUUCUUUCCUUCAAAGGUAUAUCAGUCUGGCCAAAGAGAAGGACCAGCCCAAAAGCAUUCCUCUCAGAAUCUUCACUGAGGACAUCAAGAACUGUGCCUGUUCUGUAACUGUAACAGUAACAAAUUCAGACACAGUGAAUGACAUUAUCAACAUGUCACUACCAAUGCUAGGAAUAACUGGCUCUGAGAAAGACUACCAGCUGUGGGUGAGUGCUGGCAAGGAAGCGUCCCCACACCCACUCACUGGACAUAAACAUCCCUAUGGAAUUAAAAUGAGCCAUCUUCCAUCUACCACACUGCUGCCGCAGACACCAGAGGACUCCAUCUCUCCUUCCACCCUCCAGGAGUCCCUCCUUCUGGAGCAGGGGUUCGCAGAGAUGCAAGGCCAGUUCAUCCUGAAGCCCAGGCACCCAACGCAGAAUGAGCAAGGGAGAGAUUACGGGCAGAAGACACUUAAAAGCCGUUUUUUCAGAGACUGGGCCUGUUGUCUGGGCUCCAGCACUAGCCAGCACAGCCAGUGCACAACCCCACCUUCUUCAAAGCCAGGACAGCUCUUUGGAGUUUCCCUCAUGGAUGUGUGUGAUAAAGACAACCUGCCGUUGCCAAUUCUGGAUAUGCUUUCCUUUAUUAAUCAAAAAGGGCCACUCACAGAAUGCAUCUUCAGCAAAUCACCCAAUAUAAAAUCAACUAGGGUCAUAAAGGAGAAACUAAAUUCUGGGGUCAAAGUGGACCUGUACAGCGAAUCUGUUCAUGUGUUCGCAUCCGUCUUAAAGGAUUUCCUAAGAAAUAUCCCAGGAAGUAUAUUUUUGUUCAAUCUCUAUGACAAAUGGCUCGGUGUUAUUGAUCAAGGGAACGAAGAGGAGAAGAUGACUGCAGCGCGGAGGCUUUUAGCCCAGCUGCCAAGAGCAAAUGUUGUUCUCUUGCGAUACCUUUUUGGAGUGCUAUACAACAUCGAGCAACAUUCCUCAUCCAAUCAGAUGACAGCUUAUAAUUUAUCCGUUUGUAUAGCCCCAAGCGUUCUUUACCCACCUGAUUCCAACAGCUUGGAAUUGGAAGACAACUUGAUA